AAACAAACAAAAAGCCAGAGACCAAAAACAACAACCACAACAAAAGCCGUUUGAUCGCGAGUGUGUUUGUGUGUGCCUGUGUGAGAGUGGCAAGCCAUUAUUUUUCUGGUCUUAUGACGUAAACCACCGAAAAAAAAUCAAAAGUGAGCAGGCGACACAGAUAUCAAAACGAAGAAUGUCUCGUCACGAGAAAGGCAAAUCUACGGGUGGCGGGCUCUUGGAUAGUCUCUUCGGAAGACCCUCAAAAUCCAAAGGUGGAACAAUCAGCAGUGGAACUUUAACCCAUGGCGGGCGACCCGUAUCAACGGAUAAUUAUGUGGUGCCGGGCGUGGAGGAUUUCGAGCAGUAUAUCCAACAGCUUUCCGUUGCGGAGCUGGAUGCCAAAUUCCUGGAGAUCAUAGAGGAUAUGAACAUACCCAAGGAUAAGAGGGAGCCCCUGUUGGCUAAAUCCAAGGAGGAGCGCCAAAAGAUGAUUAUGUGGCACUUAAAAGGUAAAAACUCACUGGAGCGUAGCGCCAAUUCGCGGUUCGAGAAGCCCAUUGACUACGUGGAAUAUCUGCAGAAUGGAGAGCACAGCACGCACAAAGUGUACCAGUGCGUGGAAUCUCUGCGCGUGGCGCUCACCAGCAAUCCGAUCUCGUGGAUCAAGGAAUUCGGGGUGGCGGGCAUUGGGACAAUUGAAAAACUGUUGGCCAAGUCGAAGAAGGAUUCCAGCUAUGAGAAGAUUGAGUUCGAGGCGAUUCGCUGCCUGAAGGCCAUCAUGAAUAAUACGUGGGGCCUGAAUGUGGUUCUCAAUCCGGAUCAGCAUAGUGUGGUGCUGCUGCUGGCGCAAUCCCUCGAUCCCCGCAAGCCACAGACCAUGUGCGAAGCCCUCAAACUGCUGGCCUCUUUCUGCAUUGUCUACGAGCGUAAUGGCUACGAGAAGGUGCUGCGAGCUAUUACCACAAUAGCAGCCACAUCCUUCAAGGCUAGCGAACGAUUUCGACCCAUAGUGGAUGCUCUGUUUCAGGAUCAACAGGAUCCCAAGCGGGAGUUGGCCUGUCACAGUUUGAUAUUCAUCAAUACUCUCACAAACACACCCACGGACUUGAAUUUCCGACUGCAUCUGCGAUGUGAGAUAAUGCGGAUGGGUCUGUACGAUCGCCUGGAGGAGUUUACCAAAAUCGUGGAGACCAGCAAUAAUGAGGCAUUGCAGCAGCACUUCAAGAUCUUCAACGAGAUUCGGGAGGAUGAUUUCGAGGAAUUUGUGCAGCGCUUCGAUAACGUCACCUUCAACAUGGACGAUGCCACGGAUUGCUUUGAUGUGCUGAAGAACCUGGUGACGGACACCACUUCUGAACCCUACUUCCUGUCCAUCUUGCAGCACUUGCUCUAUAUCAGGGAUGAUUUCUACUUCCGGCCUGCGUACUAUCAACUGAUUGAGGAGUGCAUCUCGCAGAUUGUCUUCCACAAGGGCUACUGUGAUCCGAACUUUGAGAACCGGAACUUUAACAUUGACACCUCACUGCUGCUCGACGAUAUUGUGGAGAAGGCCAAGGCCAAGGAGUCCAAGCGAUCGGAGGAGUACGAGAAGAAGAUCGAACAGCUCGAGAGCGCCAAGCAGGAGGCCGAGGCGAAGGCAGCUCAUCUCGAGGAGAAGGUCAAGCUGAUGGAGGCUAACGGUGUGGCGGCUCCUUCGCCCAAUAAGUUGCCCAAAGUGAAUAUACCCAUGCCGCCGCCACCGCCAGGAGGAGGAGGAGGUGGUAGUGGUCCACCUCCUCCACCACCGCCUCCCAUGCCGGGCAGAGCUGGUGGUGGACCACCGCCUCCUCCGCCACCUCCCAUGCCGGGAAUGGCUGGUGGACCGCCGCCACCACCUCCCAUGCCCGGAAUGGGAGGUCCACCGCCUCCGCCCAUGCCUGGCAUGAUGCGCCCGGGCGGCCCUCCACCGCCGCCCAUGAUGAUGGGCCCCAUGGUGCCGGUGUUGCCUCAUGGCCUCAAACCGAAGAAGAAGUGGGAGGUCAAGAAUCCCAUGAAGCGGGCCAACUGGAAGGCUAUUGUUCCUGCCAAAAUGUCCGAUAAGGCGUUCUGGGUUAAGUGCCAGGAGGAUAAGUUGGCCCAGGAUGAUUUCCUUGCCGAACUGGCCGUUAAAUUCUCCUCCAAGCCCGUGAAGAAAGAGCAAAAGGAUGCGGUGGACAAGCCGACGACGCUGACCAAGAAAAAUGUCGAUCUGCGUGUGCUGGACUCAAAGACUGCCCAGAAUUUGGCCAUCAUGUUGGGUGGAUCGCUGAAGCACCUAUCGUAUGAACAGAUCAAGAUUUGCCUGCUGCGCUGCGACACCGCCAUUCUGUCCUCCAAUAUUCUGCAGCAACUUAUUCAAUACUUGCCGCCGCCAGAGCAACUUAAGCGUCUGCAGGAGAUCAAGGCCAAGGGAGAACCACUUCCACCCAUUGAGCAAUUUGCAGCCACGAUAGGGGAAAUCAAACGUCUGUCGCCGCGUCUUCACAACCUUAACUUUAAGCUUACGUAUGCGGAUAUGGUGCAGGAUAUUAAACCCGAUAUUGUGGCAGGAACGGCAGCUUGCGAAGAGGUGCGGAAUAGCAAGAAGUUCUCCAAGAUCCUGGAACUCAUACUCCUGCUCGGCAACUAUAUGAACUCGGGCUCCAAAAACGAGGCCGCCUUUGGCUUUGAGAUCAGCUAUCUCACCAAGCUGUCCAACACAAAAGAUGCGGACAAUAAGCAGACAUUGCUGCACUAUCUGGCCGAUCUUGUGGAAAAGAAAUUCCCAGAUGCCCUCAACUUCUACGAUGAUCUAUCGCAUGUGAAUAAGGCGUCGCGAGUUAACAUGGAUGCCAUCCAAAAGGCGAUGAGACAGAUGAAUUCGGCGGUAAAGAAUCUGGAAACAGAUCUGCAGAACAACAAGAUCCCGCAGUGUGAUGAUGACAAGUUUAGCGAGGUGAUGGGCAAGUUUGCCGAGGAAUGCAGACAGCAAGUGGAUGUGUUGGGCAAAAUGCAGCUGCAAAUGGAGAAGCUGUACAAGGAUCUCAGCGAGUACUAUGCCUUCGAUCCCACCAAAUACACCAUGGAGGAGUUCUUUGCGGACAUCAAGACCUUCAAGGAUGCCUUCCAAUCGGCGCACAACGACAAUGUGCGGGUGCGCGAGGAGCUGGAAAAGAAGCGUCGUCUGCAGGAGGCACGCGAACAGUCGGCACGGGAGCAACAGGAGCGACAGCAGCGUAAGAAGGCAGUGGUUGACAUGGAUGCCGCACAGACGCAGGAGGGCGUAAUGGAUAGUCUCUUGGAGGCCCUGCAAACGGGCUCUGCCUUUGGGCAGCGAAACCGACAGGCCCGCCGUCAGCGUCCAGCGGGAGCGGAACGGAGGGCCCAACUCAGUCGGAGUCGUUCACGGACGCGUGUCACCAACGGACAGCUGAUGACCCGCGAGAUGAUCCUCAAUGAGGUUCUAGGCUCUGCGUAGAAAUGAUGAAUCAAGCAAUUCCCCCUCUGUACAUAUAUAUAAAUAGACAUCUGUAGAGAUCUAAGGGCCUAGGAUCAUUAGCUGUGUACAUCUGUGAAUCCGUGUGUGUGUGUGUAGCUUUGCUUACAUAUCAACUCGAUUGGCGUGUCCGUUGGGUUUAAAGAAAGUAUGGAUAGCCAGCACUUAGAACUAUUUCGACAGCCACAAAGUACUAAAUCAAUGGGCUAGUCAUAGAUCGAUUUUUGGGAACAAUAUAUUGCUGAUGAAUGGAACUCGUGGUUUAAAUGAGACAAACAAUUGGUUAAUUGCUUAGAUGUUUUGAUUUAUAUUUUAACAUUUUUGUAAAAGAUUUGUUUACUUUUUAGCAGUUUGUAUAAACAAUUGGUUAAUUGCUUAGAUGUUUUGAUUUAUAUUUUAACAUUUUUGUAAAAGAUUUGUUUACUUUUUAGCAGUUUGUAUAAACAUAAAUUCUUAAAUUUGAAAUUCGUGAGCACAAUGAGCAACUAAAUAAAAAAUCAUUUAGAUAUAUUUAAAUACACAGAUUGGCAGGCCGAUUUAAGUUUCCAACUUAAUCUAAGUAAAUCAUCCAUUUAUUCUAAAAAUAAAGAAGGUGAGAUGUGAUUCAAUUUAGGAACUGGCUUUACAUUUAAAUGCCAACCAGAAAGCAUAGAAAGAUUAUAUUAUAUUUUGUUUAUAAAAUGUUUAAGAGUAUUGUGUAGCAUUUUCCACGAGUCCUGCAAUCAGCAAUGUUAAAAAAAAAACCGUAAAAUCCUAAAUAUGCUACCCCAUAUGAAAAAAAACAUAUAUUUUUUAUACGCUUUUAUUACAGAAACUGAAAACCCGGUAACUGAUGCCUAUUCUUAUUCUAAAUACUUGUAAAAUGAAAUGAGAAACCAAUUCAGACAAUUAAUUAUCGACUGAUCUGUGUCUUGUGGUUUUAUACACACUCUAUUCCUAUUCUACUGUGGCAUGUUCCGAUCAUUUUGUUGUGCACAUCGUUUUCGAGGCACUCAAUAGGGCGAGAUAUAUAUCAAAAUGAAAUUCCUUUUGUAUUUAAUUUGUUUUUAAGCGAAACUCUUUUAAAUUGUUUAUUUUAAUUCCCUUAAUCCACGCUAUACAUAACAUUGUUAAUUAAUGCCUAUAUUUUUGGACAAUGAUCGUAUAUUGAAAAUAAACUUUUACCAAAACUAUAA